AUGGGCUCUGAUAUCAAAAUGGCUAUGGAAAUUCAUGAAGCGUUCUCAAAGACAAGCAUUGACCUGACUAAGCUGAAGGAUAAUUCGGGCAACAAUGUUUUUAAGACGGAGGAGGAAAUGUGGGGUACGCUCAAUCCGUUUUUCACAACUCUCGAACGAGUCAGGCCAGGACUACGAGACGUGUUCAUGAAUAUCUUGUCAUUGUUCCCGAUCACCGAAGAAGACAGUGUAAACUUGGGUUCCAGGCUGGAGAAGAGUCUUACGUCUUGGGAAGAGCAUGUAGAUUUCGAUGAUGACGAAGGAAAGUUUUACACGACAAUCGAAUGGAAAGGAAUCGUCGUGGGAGUUUUUCUCAGGAAAAACUGGCCGUUCAAGUCCAUCAAGCGAGUAGAGGCAACUGUAACCGAUCUGAAGAGACGUUUCGACGAGUUCCAGGAGGAGUCACAGGAGCCUGAGGACCAAGAAAACUACCAGUGGUUAAUCGAUGCAGAAGUCACUGCUAGCGGGGAAAGCAGAAGGGCAAGACUGAGGCAGAGAUUACCUUGGGAUUUGACAAAUGAUAAAACAGUACAGGGCAUUGCGGCCCUAUACAAAGACGUGAUGGAGAUUACGGAAGAAAUCAAUCAGUUCUUCAAAAAUCGACUGACGGAGAUCUUUCCUAGAGCAUUACGACUGUCGGGGCAAGAAGAUUAUCCUCUGUCUGGAUACCUCGGAUUCUCUUAUGUGAAAUAUUGGAUAUCACUUCAAUUCAGGAACCGUACAGCACCGAGAAAUCUGAUUGACCGCGUCAAGAGUCUAGUCUCGGAGGCUGAAGUUGAUGACUUCGAGAAACUGCUUGACAUCCCCCUAGAGGUUUGCUCCCUCCUCAAGCAGUUGAAAAGGAAAGAAGCAAUCUCGACGGGUGGCACUCAAGAAGUUGUUGACUUGGAAAAGGAAUUAGUGCGGAGUCUUCUGGGCAAAUGUAAGACGUCGAAGAUCGACGAAGUAUCUUUCUUGGGGAGGAUACAGGCUGCUGAGGGUAGAUUGAUAACCAUGUCGGAAGUUCAGCGCAGAAUUUCUAAUAUCUACGCCGAGCACAAGGCGCGAAGACAGUAUGAAGGGCCUACACUGCGUCAUCAUAAGACAGCUAACUUGGGCCAUGCUCAAACAGGGGCCACCAAACAUUCCGAUCAUCCAUCGUCAGAGCCAGGAUCAAGUGGUGCUCGACAUGGCAGGAAUAACGAUGUACCGGGACGAGGAUUCCAGCAUGGGAGACAUCGUGGUUCGGACUCGCGCGGCGGAGGAUGGCGUGACUCGCAGUCACUCCCGGAUGGCAAUCCGAUCCGGCUCAUGGUAACACUCAUCGGCGAGGACAAUGGCGAAAUCCCUCACGCGGCAGAUCGCAAGAACAGCAAGCGUUGCAUACGCGAGAAGAAGGCAACGGCAGCUGCGAAGGAGCUCCAUCAUACAGGCAACACGAUGGGAGAGGUCGCUUCAAUCCAAGAGGGAAGGGAGCCAAUCGUGGGGGACGAGGGCGGAUGCAACCAGGUCGCAGAGGACGACGAGAGCACUGGACGGGCCCUCUGA